GGUAUAUGUUUCAUUGUAUAAAGAAGUGAAAAAGAAUAAAUUGUAGAUUAUUUAUUCUACACUUACUUAUCAAAUGCCAAAAAAUAAAGCUUGUUUUGUUAACGGAAAGGCAGGAAUACAUUUAAGAAAUAAAUUUUGAUUACUCGUAUCACAAUAUCAUCUCUUGGCAGCACUUUGAAACGCUAAAUGACAUUUGUCCAGAGAAAACAUUUUGCUUGAAGGGUAAACAUGUUUACUUUUUACUCCGAUUUGAAUUAAAUAUGCCACAUCGUUUUUGUGAAAAGUGGACUUAGUUUAAAAGUUGACCAGCUACUUACGGGAAAAUAUUAUCUCCUUGAUCGCAUUGCGUUAAAUGGAAGCGAGAAUAAUUUUAGUUAAUAAUAGGGACAGUUCAGAGGGUCGUUUAGUUGGCACAAUUAUUAUGAUAAGCUUCUCAGGUUAAAACUUUAAAUAGUGUUUAAAUUAUCGUCAGCCCUCUUCUUGUCCAAUUAUAAACCUGUGGCAAGAAAUUAUAGCUUUAUUGAAUUGGUAAAAAAAUUAAAGUUGAUAAUUGAAAAAGUUUGCGAAUAGUUUUGUGCAUUUUAGUGUCAAAGAAAUUUUCUUAUUCCUUUCAUUUACGUUAUUCAUCGAUGUGCGACGUAUGUCAAAAAUAUUAUCUGCAAUAUCUACGUUUUUCCAAUAAAAGAUUAUUAAAAUGUCAAAAACUGGAAAAUUUAAUUUAGAAAGAGGAGGCCAUGGAAUUUUUCAAAGGCGGUAUGUGGUUACAUUGCUAGCUUUUUUGUGUGGUAUGGUUCAGCAGACUCAGCGUAUAAACAUCAGCUUCGCUAUAGUAGCAAUGGUUAAUACCACCAAUAUUCUGCCGAAUUUGAAAAAUAGGACAAUAACAGAUUGCGAAACUUCAUAUUUAGAAAGUGAAACUACAAGUUUAAAAGUUCCAGAAUUCAAUUGGAAUCCUGAAAUCCAAGGAUAUAUACUGAGUGCUGGAUAUAUAGGAUAUCUUUUUACACAAAUACCUGGAGGUUUUCUUACCGCGCGGUAUGGAGUUAAGCGCAUAUUAAUUACAAGUAUUUUAGGUGCAUCUCUGUGUAAUUUAGUAUCGCCUGCAGCUGCCAGGAUACAUCCAUAUUUGCUUGCGGUUGCACAACUUUUUAGAGGAAUGUUCCAGGGUCCACCAUCUGCCGCCCUUGCUCAAUUAUCGGCACGUUGGUUUCCUAUACAAGAAAGAGGUUAUCUUGCUACGUUUUUAUAUCUUGGCUUCCCAAUGGGUGGCUUUGCCGGAAGUUUAAUAUCUGGACCUAUUAGUGAAAUUGACUUAGAUGGUGGAUGGUCGCUAAUAUUUUAUUUUUUUGGAUUGUUUGGAUUACUAGUCAGCGUGCUUCUGUUAACUUUGUAUGCUGAAAAGCCAGCAGAUGAUACGAGAAUUUCAGAACGAGAGUUACAAUAUAUUCUCGAACAUACAAGCGGAAACACAGUUCAACAGAAUCCUCCUAUCCCAUGGAAAAGAAUUCUAACUUCCUUACCGACCUAUGCAUUACUUAUAUCAAUGUUUGGACAAUACUGGAUGGUAUUUUAUUUUCUAACUAUUCAUCCAAUCUAUAUGGACUCGAUUCUUCAUAUACCUGUAAAAGAGAAUGGUCUUCUAACUUCAGGACCACAACUGGCACAAGUAUUAACAGGUUUUAUCGCCUGCUGGUUUUCAGUUUGGCUAAAAUAUAGGAGUAAUAAGAGCAUUAGCUUUAUCAGAAAAGGAUAUAAUACUCUAGCUUGUUCUUUAUACAUUCUUGGAAUGCUUGGUCUGUAUUUAUCAGGAUGCGACAAAACUGUAAACGAAAUUUUCCUUUUCAUGGCGUCAAGCAGUGUGGGGUUUUCAUUCGCCGGAUGUUUGAUAGUAGCUGCUGAUUUAUCCCCAACGUUUUGUGGAAUUAUUAUGGGAUUAGGAAGCACGGUAGCUAGUUUAUCUGGUUUCAUAAUGCCUAUUCUCAUUGGGUAUUUAACGAAAGAAGAACAAACAAUGAUCCAAUGGCAUAAAAUGUUCCUUAUUGCCGCAUCUGUUGUUUUUGUAUCUGGUGCGACCUUCCUAACUUUAGGUUCUGCUGAAAUUCAACCAUAUGAUCCAGCAUAUAUAACAGACACUAAAGUGGAAACAAAAACAGAUAUACCUUCAAAAAACAUAGACAAGAAGGAAGUUACUAUCACAAAAUUUUAAUAUUUUUCUCUUUUACAAAUCAAAUUGUGUGAUUAUUGAAGGAAUAUCUACAUGCUAUGUACAGUCGGCAGAAAGAAAAAAUAUAUAUUCAUGAAUAA